UUCUAAUUUAAAAAAAAUCUGAAAAUAGAGAAAAAAGUUAACAAAAUAAAAUUUAAACGAUGUCCUUAGUACAAAAGCGACAAUAUGUCGAACCAAGUAGCACGAUACAAAUUGAAAGUGAAAUUCAGAAAAAGAGAAUAAAAAUUCACGCAAGAAGCUCUGCUAAAUCAAUAAAAAUAUUCUUAAAACGUUUGGAAACUUCUUCAAGUAGUCACGAAUCACUCCAAAUACUUACAGAGAUCUCUGACUGUCCGAACUUGGAAGAUGUUGGUACAGAAGCUAUAAAUUCAUUGAGCAUCUUAUUUCAAAAGGAAAAAGGUUUUGUUCGAAUGAAAAUUCUUUAUCUCUUCAGUGACUUUGUAUUAGAUCAUGAUAUUGAUGCAUGUCUAAUUAUUGAAGAGAUAAUUAUGUUGAUUAAAAAGGAAGAAUCGUCAAAAGUUAUUAAUCAAGGAUUUAAUUCCAUUUGCCGCAUUGGUCAACAACAAAAGCACCAAAUUCCUUUCGAUAUUACCAAGAAGAUCAUUGAGUUUGCUAAAUUGAAAAUAUCGUCAACCAACCAUAACGUUCAACGCCAUGCAAUCCAAACAAUUGGAGCAUUUGCAAACAAACAUGAAGGUGAUAAUGAGCUGGUAACAAUGAUAUCAUGUUACAUGGAUUCUUCAGACGCAAGAAUUAGAGCUCAAGCUAUUAACUCGUUGCUGAACAUGUCCUACAAAAGUAUUUUACUUCCUCCUUCGAUUUAUUCUCGCGCUGAGAAAGCAUUGAAAGACGAUUAUGAAUGUGGACGCAAAGAAGCAAUUCAACUAAUUUUUGUUCUCAGUCAAACUCAUCCAGAACAUCUCAUCAAAGUAUCAGAUUCACAAUCAGAAAUUCGUUUGAUUGACGAUGCAUUUGCAAAAAUUUGUUCUGCUUUGAGUGAUCUGUCAGUGCAGGUGCGGGCACAAGCAGCUAAACUAUUGGGGGGAAUGUGCCAAGUCAACAAUGAAUUUCUUUGUCAAACUUUAGAUAAAAAGUUGAUGAGUAAUAUGAGAAGAAAGAAAACAUCUCAUGAGCGUGCUUUAGAAAAUUACACGAGCGGUGAAUGGUCGAGUGGAAGAAAAUGGGCUGACGAUGCUCCACAAGAAUACAUCAACAGUGAUUCAAUUUCACUCAUUGAAUCAGGAGCGUGUGGCGCUCUUGUCCAAGGCCUUGAAGAUGAAUUUCUUGAAGUUCGGAUGGCAAGUGUGAAUGCUUUAUGUCAACUCGCUCUCAUCAACCCACCAUUUGCCGAACUUUCGUUAGAUUUUCUCGUCGACAUGUUCAAUGAUGAAAUCGAAAGUGUGAGAUUGCAAGCGAUUUACAGUUUGACGAAAAUUUCUCAGCACAUCAUUCUGCGUGAGGAUCAAAUUGAAGUUAUGCUCGGUUCGCUCGAAGAUUAUUCUGCUGAAGUCAGAGAAGGUUUGCAUCUUAUGUUUGGAGCUUGUAAAGUUUCAACACGAGCAUGUCUUACAAUGGUUGUACAGAAGAUUCUUGACGUUCUAUCAAAAUAUCCUCAAGACAAGCUUUCAGCUUACGGAUGUCUUCAAAAAGUUGGAUCGAAACAUCCUGAACUGUGCAUGUCGUUGACGCCUCAGCUUUUACAGGUUCAUCCAUUCUUCGACAGUGCUGAGAAAGAUGUCGAAGAUCCCACUUACGUUUGCGUUCUAAUUCUUCUGUUUAAUGCGGCGAAAAAUCUUCCUCCAAUGUUGAGUCUUUUCCCAGAGACGAUCUUGAAGCAUUAUGAUUAUUUACGUGAUACAAUGCCAAACUUUGUUCCACAUUUGGUUGGUGGGAAUCAAUCGGAAGUGUCAUUGGGAGGUGCAUCUGGCUCAAGACAAUUUUUAGAGACUUUAGUGGCAAACAUUAAAGCAACAAAUUUUUCAAAAACGGCACGACAAGGUCUUCUGACUGUCGCUCAAGAGAAUCUUAAUCGUCUAGCUUCAAUUGAUCCUGGAUUAUCAGGCACAGCAAACUUUAUGAGAGACUUCUUAGGUGCUCAACUGUUAAUGGAACAACUUCAAUCAAACAUCAUGACACAUCGAAUACCUUCAAGAGAAUCGCUUCAACAAUUAAUUUACAAAUGUUUGCAGCUGCAAAAUUUGUUUUCUAACUUGACACUUAAUGAUUUGCUGGUCGUGAAACAAAUUUGUUUCCGUGCUAGCGCAUUAAACUUGGUUUUAGUUGUCAAAGAUAAGUCACAAUCAGCUUUAUCUUCAUGCCAGUUGCUUUUACACAUUGCGAAUGAUGUUAAGAAAUUUCUUCGUCUUCAUCCAGGUCUUCCUUUAGAUUCAUUCACUGAAUCGGUUUUAAGUUUUGUUGAUACAGUUGUCGAUCCAAAGCCUGGACGCAUUUCUCGUGGAAUUGUUCAAAUUGUUCAAGCUGCAAAUUUAUGGCAAAAUCCAAUGGAAAUCAAUUUUGAAAUUAAAAUGUGCACUGCAAAAAUAAUUGAACCUGACAACUCAACAUCGGUUGACAAUAUUGUUAAAGUGACAGCGGGAUUAAUUGCAGCUCUCCCUUUAACAGCAGAAAUUGUUUAUUUGCAAGAUCAUCAAUGUGAAGACUUGAGAAUAAAAAUCAAAUAUCCAGACCAAAACGUGUACAUUGUUGUUCCUCGUAGACGUGAUUUGAAAAAGAUUAUGCCGGAAAGUGAAGAAGUACUGGAAGCUAACACGUGGCGACUGAGAACGAACGUUUUACUAUCACAUGGAAUUUGGACAGAAACAUCACAGGUUGAGCUUUCAAUUUGUUUGGCAGUGAAACCAUCCAACGAACUUGAACUCAGCAAACCUAUCAAAAUAUUUUUCGCACCAAAACCAAUAAGAAAGGGAAUUUAAAGAAGAUAUUUAUAUAAAUAAACUUAUGAUUCUUUUAUUUCAUUUAUGAUUAAAUUGCAACGCAUUAAAGUUCCCUCAUGAUAUAAUCACAAAAAGGUCUUUUAUUCGUAGCUUUUACACGAUGAAAUGUCUAUUAGGUCAAUGUCUACAAUCUACUUAUGUGAUAUUUGCCAGGAAGAAAGAAGCCUCUGAGAACUCUUAGAAUAUAACUACGUACAAUUUCAAGACAAAAAAAGGCACUAAAAUUUCAUUUAGGAAGCUAAUUCAAAUAAGGUAACAAUUACGGUGAUUUUAUAACUCAAGGAAUGAUUAAUUGUAAGUUCUAAUUAAACAGCGGCAGUAAUUUUGCAGU